AUGAGCCCACGGCACUGGGGUCAGAGGAGUCUGCGUCCUCCAUACCCUACAAAGCAACCCACCAAGAGAGCCCUUACCUGUCCCAUCAAAGAGUCAGGCAAACGGCAAACCGAGCCGUCGGAGGGUCGGAACACCGCAAAGCGACUACCCCCGCCAGGGACUAACGACUAUGCCACCAAGCAAAGUACUCUCACAGCGGGCCCGACCACAUACUCACCAUACACACACCUUGUAGCGCAGCGGCCCCAGAGAGGGGUUCCACGUGGCACCCGGCAGCAAAUGGACUUUGCCCGAUUCCCUACCCUGGCGGACAAUCGUACCCUGCCAUACUGGGCAUUGGCUCACUGCAAGCCAGCUCCUACUGGCGAGGUAUCACACCCGCCAUACAGACGACUCCCAAAGCCUGUGCUAGAACGUGCAUAUUAG